AUGAAUCAAGAGCAACACAUUCAAUCAGUUUUCUACAAACAGUCAGAACAAGCAAGAAAUGCAUAUGUUACACGCCUUAAUGCAUCCAUUGAUUGUGUUCGAGUUCUUUUGCGACAAGGGCACUCAUUUCGAGGUCAUGAUGAAUCUGAGGAUUCUUCCAAUCCAGGUAACUUCUUAGUGCAAUUGCAAUUUUUGGCUGCUCAUAAUGAAACUAUCAAUGCCGUCACAUUGGGAAAUGCUCCUCACAAUUGCAAAUUGACAUCACCUGAUGUUCAAAAGGAUAUAGUAAAUGCUUGUGCUAUUGAAACAAUCAAUGUUAUUAUCAAAUAUGUUGGCGACUCACUAUUUUCUAUUCUAGUUGAUGAAUCUUGUGAUGUGUCAAUGAAGGAGCAAAUGUCUAUUGUUUUACGUUAUGUAGACAAUAGUGGGCAUGUCAAUGAACGCUUCAUAGGGAUUGAACAUGUUACAAGUACCACGGCUCUAUCACUUAAGGCUGCAAUUGAUAAGGUAUUUUCUAGAUAUAACUUGAGUAUGUCUAGAUUGAGAGGACAAGGUUAUGAUGGAGCAAGUAAUAUGCAAGGUAAGUUUAAUGGUCUGAAAACACUUAUUUUGAAGGAGGGUCCAUGUGCCUUUUACAUUCACUUUUUUGCUCAUCAACUCCAAGUUGCGCUUGUGGCUGUGACAAAGAAGAACAUCCCUAUUACUAAUUUCUUUCUUGUGGUUGGGAACGUGAUAAAUACUGUUGGAACAUCUUCCAAGCGUUGUGAUCUUCUUCGAGAAAAACAAUUAGACUUUAUUGUUGAGGCAUUGGAAAAGGGUGAGAUUUUAAGUGGACGGGGACUAAAUCAAGAAACGACCCUUCAGCGCUCUGGUGAUACACGAUGGAGUUCACAUUAUAAUUCUUUGGUCAGCUUACUUGCCAUGUUCUCUUCUGUUUUAGAUGUACUUGCAAUGAUUGUUGAAGAUGAAUCUUAUUUUUGUGAUCAAAGAUCUGAUGCAAUAAAUUUAUUGGAGUUGAUACAAAGAUUUGAUUUUGCAUUUAAUCUACAGUUGAUGAAAAACUCCAAAUAA